GCUAAACACACACAGCAGCCGAAGCAGAGAGCACAGAGUAGAGAGAUGAGAGCUGUCACUUCACGAAACAAGCCAGUCCUCCUUCCCAUAACUCCAUGAACAAAAAGCAAGGCGCAGCAAUCCUUUAGGCAACUGUAGGGUUUUUUAUUUUUUCUGGUUCUCAGAGACGAAUAGACCCCCUUUUGGAUCCGUUUACCUUAAAUACCGUCUAUCCAAACAAACACCUGCUUGAGGAGUUCUUUAUGCUCGGAUGAGCCACUUCACCAAGGGACUAUAAUUCCUACUUCAUGUGAACGAAUAGGAGCCUAUGAUAAUAAUGCUUCGUAGCCCUGUUAUGUCUGCCUCCUCCACGCCGUUCUCAGUCAAGGACAUACUGAAGUUGGAGCUUCAGCAGCAUGCUCAACAACAGCGGCUCGCCUCACACCUUGGGCCGCCCCAUGAGCGCUCUCACCCCGGGCCACAGCAGCACCCUUACACCCUCCAGUCGCCCCCGUCUUGUAUGCUGGCAGAUAGGGACAGCCCCAGCCCCGGGCUCUCGGAAGAAGAGGAGAGGAUGUCCUACCUGAGUAGUCUGGCGGUUCAGGAGCAGCUGAUGGAAACGGGUCUAGCCGGGGAGAUGUUCAUUUCCCCGGGGCUGCAGGGACACUCAGCCGACACCAGCCUGGAGGUUGAGCAAGAGGACAUAAACGCCAGUGAGUGGGUGAUUCCUGGAUUACCAGCAUAUCCUAGCCAUUUAAUUCUGAAAGAAAGUAUUGUAUUGUAUUCUAUUAUUUUAGCUUCAAUAGGAUUGCAGUAGUCUAGGUUAUCAGGCUCAUUUAUUACAUUCGAUUACAUGAUUAUACACUCACAAUACACCCAUUAAUAUAGGCCUAAAUCAUUCAUAUUUCUUCUUCCAUGUAACUAGACUACCUCAGCCUAGACUACUUCAGUUUAACGACGAUGUCAUCUACAUGCAGGGAUCAUCUGUAAAUAAAGGAUACAUCGUUUUGGAGAAUAACAAAACACAAAACGACAGCGUUUGACACUCAUGCAUGGCCGAAACACCAGAUAUAAAAAAACAUCGACAAUUAUUAGUUUUAUACAAUUAUUUAAAGAGCCAUGUUUUUUUUUAUUGUCAGCUAUACACUUAGGCUACACAAUGCGCUGAAAUGACUAGACUACCAUAUUUUUUCUACACAAUUGUUGUUCCACACAGUUGAUUUCCUUUUUAGAAAUGACGAGUAAUAUUGGGCCAACUUUAACUAGGCCACAAUUAUUUAAUGUAUUUACUGAUUGAAUAUGCUUGAAUAUUACCUAAUUAUUUAAUGCAUUUAGGCCUACCCUUUAUUCAGAUGAUCCCAUUAAGAAAAAAAAUAAGAAAAAAAAUAGAAGAAACACAUACAAUAUGAAGACAUGAAAACAACAAUAUUUCAAGAACAAAUAUAGGUAUCUGAUUUAAUUUUCCCUUGUGGUUAAUUGAUAUUCGUGUAAUUGAUUAGCCAAAUAAUUCACUCUGUUGGUAUCCAAGGUCUUAAUCAGUGCCUAGUUAGAGGGGAAUUAUAGAAAAAACAGGAAAAAACUGCAUGUAACCUACUGCGGACCUCCAGGAUUACAAUAUUUGUUUUGUAUAGAAAAUGUAGAUUAAUCUGUCAACGUUAGAUUACUAAAAUCCCUCUCUCCUCUCUUUCUCCAGAAUCUUGUGGCGCAAUGGGGGUGAGGGCCUGUGAGGAGUCCGCGCAGGCGCACUCGGACUCGGAGAGACUCCCAAAACAGCAGAGGACCCGGCGGAAACCGCGCGUGCUCUUCUCCCAGGCGCAGGUGUUCGAGCUUGAGCGGCGCUUCAAGCAGCAGCGUUACCUGUCCGCCCCCGAGAGGGAACACAUGGCGAACACUCUGAAACUGACCUCCACACAGGUCAAAAUCUGGUUCCAGAACAGGAGGUAUAAGUGUAAACGGCAGCGACAGGACAAGACCCUGGAGAUGGCCGGACACCCUCACCAUCCUCCCCCACCUAGGAGAGUGGCAGUACCGGUGCUGGUGCGGGAUGGGAAGCCCUGCCUGGCUGGAUCUCAGAACUAUAAUACAUCCUACACUGUUGGAGCGGCCAGCCCCUUUAGUUAUAACGGCUACCCGGCUUAUACUUACAAUAAUCCGGUGUAUACUAACACUUACUCAUGCACGUACUCUAGCCUGCCUGCUCUAGCACCCAACUCUACUGCUAACGCCUUUAUGAACAUGGGUCUGGCGAACCUGGGCGCGUCGACAUCUCAGGCCCAAACACCGCAGGGAACUGGCUGCCAAGGAACUCUGCAGGGCAUUCGAGCCUGGUAG